GAAGACUGAAGGCCAGAUGAUGGAACUUGGGGCCAGGAGGCCUCUGUGUCCUGGGGCUCUUGGACUCUGGAUUCGAAGGGAGCUGACCAUUCCAGUUGUAGCGGGGGUGGGGGCCUAGGUGUUAGAAGAGGGUGGGGGGAGCCAUUAGGUUAUCUCUGAAGGUGGGGUUUAAUUUCCUCUAAUAGUCCUUAAUUAUUUCCCUUCUUCUGCAGGCUGUGGGAGGGGAAGGCAGCUCCCCAGGGACCCUGCACAUAGCUUGGGUUUUACCUGUGAGUAAGCCCCUAUGGUGGGCCAGUGUCCCCCCGCCCCCACAGCAGGAGAGAUGGAGCUGGCAUGGAGGGGGGUUUUAAUAGCGUGACCCCAGGUGAGGUCACGAGGAUGUGUGUUGGCAGGCUUGGCUGGGCUGCAGGGUGAUAGGUGGCCCUGGCCUGAGACAAUCAUGGAGGGCUGUGGGGCCAGCCUGCCCUCCUCCCCAGCUGCCCCUGGACUGUCAGCCCCUAAGCCUCUGCCUAUCUCAGUUUUUGGCGGCCCCAGCUAGUGUGGUUCUGGCAAGACCUCAGACUGAGCCAGCUGCUGCCAAACUCAUGGAAAACUUAGCAAACAAAGGCUCUACAGAAGACACUGGAAUGAGCAGGGCUGCUCUGAUGAAGUCCGGAGGGGUUAACUAGAGCUGCUUCUUCCAGAGGGCUCUGGGGAACCCUCUUUGCAAGCUCGUUGCCUAACCUGUACAACCCCUGGUUAUGAUCAUGACGCGGUCCAGCCUGAGCCAAGGAGAAGGAGACUCUUCUGGGGCUGAGGGUGUGAGGCCGGGGUCGGGAUCCUGAGGGCAAGGGCUGUGGGUGGGAGAGGGGUGGGUAUUUUGUAGAGAUGGCGGAAGGUGGGGAGAUGCUUUCCAGAGUGGCUUUGAGUGUGGGAAGCUCUGGAGUUGCAGCUGGGACUGUUGGGGAGCCCUCGUGCCCCUCUGAGAAUGUUCUGGGUGACCAGUCUCCUCCUUUCUGAUUAAUAAAAAUACUAGCAUGCAUUUCUUCCAGCGGCUGCCUCCUUAAGCUCCUGUGUCGGGAGGCGUGAAGGAAAGUGAGGGGGCCCUACUUCCGGUUCCACUGUGCAAUGCCGCCACCUCCUUGGCCCAACUUCUCUUGGCCACGGGCGGCCCUCCACUGCCACAGCCAGUGCUAGGCAGGCAGGCUGAUUCAGCAGAAUGGCGGAGGGGGUGCACAUGCCCAUUGCCCUAGGGCCAGACUGCCCUGCUGAGAUGGAUAUCUUGGUAGGGGUGGGUCCUAUCUCCUCAUCUAAGGCUGUCAACUUACCCAGCCUUAGUGGUUUGAUUUCAUGGGUCUGAAAAUAUCACCCCUCUCACCUUACACACUUGCUGCUGCCUCAGAUUGCAACAUUGGACCCUCGUCCACUCACUUUAAUUUUUGUUGUAGAUUAAGGAGCAAAAAUUUGAUGCCCAUCAGUCAUUGACAAUUUAGUCUAAAUGAACCGUAGACCUGUUUCUAAAACAGCUGGUAUUAAUGGGAUAGAGGUAUGAAAGCAUGUGGGUAAGGCAGCUACAGGGCUGUGAGUGGGAGGAUGACCCCGCCCCCAGCACAGUGGGCCAGUGCCCCAGGAGGGGGAGCCCACAGUUUCGGCAUCUACUCCCAAGCUGUGUUACGAGAAAGCUAGGGAAGCUGUCCGGGACUUCCUCCUGAGCUCUAACUCUUAGCCAGAGCUGAGUCAGCCACUAAGCCAUUUUAUGGCUGAAAUACAGAGGCUGUCAUUGGACCCAGCAGCCCAGCAGUUCUCCUUGAGACAGAACAUCCAGCCCAGAGCUGGGGAUGCAGGACUCUGGGGUCCUGGCUGAGGUCAUUGCACUGGUGCAAAGGCCCUGGCUGGGGGCUCAAGGGAGUGGGUGCUGGUCCCCAUCCUGCCUUAGACUGUCAGCGCUGCCAGGGAGAAGGACGGAAAGCUCCACUCAGCACCUUUGGAACCUCCGCUGGUCAAGGGUGUGUCCCACCAUUACCUCUGCGGGGCACGGUGAUUAUCCACAUUUUCAACGGAUGAGGACACAGAGGCCCCGAGAGAGGACAGAACCCCCAAGGCCAUAUAGUGGAGCCUAGAACCCAAGACUCUUCUUUCCAGAGCACUGGCUCCUGCUGUUCCAAGUACGCUAAUGCCCCCUCUGGCCUCAGUUUCCCCACCUGUCAGAGAGCCUUCCUCUGACCAGGGACAGUUUUCAUCCUCAAUACUUAACCCCUUCCAGAGGCUUUUAGCACCUAAUAAUAAUAACGGCAACAUCAAUAAGACAACACCAGGCUCCGCACUAGGGCUCUGCUUAAUCCUCACAACAACCCUCCUUCAGAUGGGAAAAGUGAGGCACAGAGAAAUCAUGUGACUUGCUCAAGGUUACCCAGCCAGGAAGUGGCAGACGCACAGCUGGAACCUCUAAAAUCCAUGCUCCAAGCCAAAAAGACUCCUCAGAAUGCUCCAGAGUGCAUGUAAGAUACCCAGAUGCCGGGCUGCCCCCUGACCUGCUGCACCAGACUGGGGGCUGGCCUGGGGAUCUGCAUUGUCACCGGCUCCCCGGCAGGGUUGAGAUGCCCGCCACUAAACCACGUUAUCUCUGAAACUGAAGGAAAAGGGGUGAGGAGGUUGAGUGUGGAAAGUCAGGAAAAGCUCUGGGUCAGCACCACACAUUCCUGCCCCUCCAACCCCCACAAACUGGCACCCUGGUCAGGUACCUGUGGGGACUUGCUCCCUCUGGGGAGAAAUUAAGUUCCUGGGUGCCGGGAGCGGGGGAGUGGAUGUGGGGGUGAGUAAGGGCAACAGGUUCAUAUGCAAAUAUUGGGUUCCUUGCAGCCAAUCCUGAGCUCUUGGCCCCCAAAAGGGGCUGGGCUUCUAAGAGUGGAGUCAAUGAGCCAGCACCCCGAGCUGGAGAGGCGGGGCCAGGGUCUUUUAAACCACAUCCCAAGGGUCUUCUGGGGCAGUGUUGGGUUUGGUGGCCACAGCCCAGCCCAAGGCCAGCAUGUCGCUGCAGAGAAUCGUGCGUGUGUCCCUGGAGCAUCCCACCAGCGCCGUGUGUGUGGCUGGUAUGGAGACCCUCGUGGACAUUUAUGGGUCGGUACCUGAGGGCACGGAGAUGUUUGAGGUCUACGGGACUCCUGGCGUGGACAUCUAUAUCUCCCCUGACAUGGACAGGGGCAGGGUGCGUGCUGACACCAGGCGGUGGCACUUUGAUGUGGGGACAGAGAUCAUCGUGGUCAUGAACUCCCCCAGCAACGACCUCAACGACAGUCAUGUUCAGAUUUCCUACCACUCCAGCUGUGAGUCCUUGCCCCUGGCCUAUGCGGUGCUCUACCUCACUUGUGUUGACAUCACCCUGGAUUGCGAUCUGAACUGUGAGGACAGAGGGGACAGAAACUUUGUGGACAAGCGAGAGUGGGUCUGGGGGCCCAGUGGGCAUGGAGCUAUCCUGCUGGUGAACUGUGACCGGGAUGAUCCCAGCUGUGGCAAGCGGGACAACAGUGACCAGCAUGUGCGCUGCCUACAAGACCUGGAAGACAUGUCCAUCAUGGUCCUGCGGACCCAGGGACCUGUUGCCCUCUUUGAUGACCACAGACUCGUCCUCCAUACCUCCAGCUACGAUGCCCAGCGGGUGCAUGUUUUCCAUGUCUGCGGUCCCGAGGACUCGUGUGAGGCCUACCUGCAUGUGCUGGGCCAGGACAAGGUGUCGUAUGAGGUGCCCCGCUUCCAUGGGGACGAGGAGCGCUUCUUCGUGGAGGGCCUCUGCUUCCCUGACGCCGGCUUCUCUGGUCUUAUCUCCCUCCAUGUCACUCUGCUGGAUAACUCCAAUGAGGAUUUCUCAGAGACCCCGAUAUUCACUGACACCGUGGUAUUCCGUGUGGCACCCUGGAUCAUGACACCCAGCACCCUGCCUCCACUGGAGGUGUACGUGUGCCGCGUGAGGAACAACAAGUGUUUUGUGGACGCGGUGGCGGAGCUAGCUGAGAAGGCCGGCUGCAAGCUGACCAUCUGCCUGCAGAAUGAGAACCGCAACGACCGCUGGAUCCAGGAUGAGAUGGAGCUGGGCUACGUUCAGGCGCCACACAAGACCUUCCCGGUGGUGUUUGACUCCCCGAGGAAUGGAGAACUGCAGGACUUCCCUUACAAACGAAUCCUGGGUCCAGAUUUUGGCUAUGUGACUCGGGAGCCACGAGACAAGUCUGUGAGUGGGCUGGACUCUUUCGGGAACCUGGAGGUCAGCCCCCCGGUGGUGGCAAACGGAAAAGAGUACCCCUUGGGGAGGAUCCUCAUUGGGGGCAACCUGCCUGGGUCGAGAGGCCGCAGGGUCACUCAGGUGGUGCGGGACUUCCUCCACGCCCAGAGGGUACAGCCACCAGUGGAGCUCUUUGUGGACUGGUUGGCCGUGGGCCAUGUGGAUGAGUUUCUGAGCUUCGUCCCUGCCCCCGACGGGAAGGGCUUCCGGCUGCUGCUGGCCAGCCCUGGCGCCUGUUUCAAACUCUUCCAGGAAAAGCAGAAGUGGGGCCACGGCAGGGCUCUCCUGUUCCAAGGGGUUGUCGGCGAUGGACGGGUCAAGACUGUGUCAAUCAACCAGGUCCUCUCCAAUGGAAAACUCAUCAGCUACAAUAAGUUUGUGCAGAGCUGCAUCGACUGGAACCGCGAGGUGCUGAAGCGGGAGCUGGGCUUGGCUGACCGCGACAUCAUCGACAUCCCCCAACUCUUCAAGACGGAGAAGAGAAAGGCGGUGGCCUUCUUCCCUGACUUGGUGAACAUGCUGGUGCUGGGCAAGUACCUGGGCAUCCCCAAGCCCUUCGGGCCCAUCAUCAAUGGUUGCUGCUGCCUGGAGGAGAGGGUGCGGUCUCUGCUGGAGCCACUGGGCCUGCACUGCACCUUCAUUGACGACUUCACUCCGUACCACAUGCUGCACGGGGAGGUGCACUGUGGCACCAACGUGCGCCGGCAGCCCUUCCCCUUCAAGUGGUGGAACAUGGUGCCCUGAGCCCGGCCCCUCCCAGCAUCCUCUCCCCCUGGCAUAGGGCAUUGGUCCAGGUGAUGGAGACUGAGACAAGCCCCUGAACUAAAGCAUCAAGAGAGCUCAAGGCUCCAGCUGGAAUGCUGAGGGUGAUUUGUCCCUCUCAGAAGUCUUUUCCCUAGAACUUUCCACACCUUACUUGACACCCAUUUGUUUCUCAGACUUGAGUUCUCUUGACCUUCCAAGAAGAAGGGCCUCAUUUCUUGUGGUUUUUUUUUUUCUCAUUUGGAUCAGUGUGACCCAUGGGGACUCCCCUGAACUUCCCUUUUCCCCAUCUUCAAAUCCUCCAUUUGGGGGCAAAUUCACUUUGGGGUCCAGAAACAUCCAUGUAUCUCAUCUGUCAUCUUGGCCCAUGCGUCCUCAUGGAGGAAGAACCCAGGAUUCUGCUUUGGUCUGAUUGCUUCCUGCUCUGCCAGGAGAGAGUCCUAAAGCUAUAUCAUUCUACACAGGAUGGGAGAGAGCCUUUCCAAAGCCUCAGCCCUGGGGAAGGAGCUGGGCCUGUUUCUGUCAAGGUGGGACCAUCCUUUCAACUCCCAAGCUCCUGACCAGAUACUGAGAUCCAUUCCCUGCCCAGCACCCAGCUUCCACAUAGUAGGUGCUUCUCAGAUAUGUGCCAAAAGAAUGAUACGUGUCCCCUCAUCUGACAUUCAGAAAUCUGACUUUGUCCAAAAACCUGAAAUUUCUUGGAGAUGAAAGUAUAUGGGGAAUUCCUGGAGAUUGGCUGCGAGGGUGAAGAACGUCCAUCAUGUACAGGGAUGACCCUGUUGAUCCUGCCUUCUGGAGAAAGAUGCUUCACUGGCCCUGGGACCUCUAUCUGGGGGAGGGGGAUCUGGCUGAAUUGGUCUAGACCUUCUGUUGACCUCUGGUCAAUAUUUCCAUAUCCCGUUGUGCCGCAGGAGAGGGGGUCUAGAGGGGCCACAUCUACUGAGUCAGCUCACAGCUCUGGGGCCGUGAACCUCUCCAAGUGUAGCGAGGGUGGGGGUGGGGAUUGGCUUGGUUUUCUUCAGAAGCCUGUCGGUGACAUGUGUGUUCUGUGUGGGUCCAGCUGUGUUUCCAUCACGGGCUAAUAAAUCAACAGAAACAAAUGGUUUGGAUCUAACUAUGGCUUUUCUUGGGGUUUGAACAAGACAGCAAAGAGAGAGGAGCUUC